UUGUAGCUUCUAGACGUUACUGGAGGACUGCUUCUUCUUCUUCUUCGCUUUUUCUUUUGCAUUCCAGUGAUUGCCAAUCAUAUAUUUCCCCGAAGAACCACAAAUUGAAGCACAAACGGCGUCUCAUCCUGAUCCGAAGCACGAUAAACAUGUUCGGAGUAGUGUUUCCUAACCGGAGCUUCCCGAUCGACAUGUCUACUUUCGCCCAAAUCGACACCUUCCACUGGAUCCUCGACAUGAACACUUUCGUUGGUGAAGCCUACGAUCAAAUUCGCGAAAUCUGUAUCUUUUUAUUGAACACCUUCACGCUUCCAGCAGACAAGGCCCUCGCAGUCUACGUUCAGUCUCCGGGAUCACCUUUCGUGUUCUGUGGUGCUGUUACUUUAGCCCGCCCGUCAGCGGUGCUCUCUCUCAAUUGGCCUGAGUCAGGCGGUCAGAUGGAGUUAAUGGCGCCGGACGCUGCACCUGUGUCCGCUAAGAUAGGGAUUUCCGUGGAGGAUUUGGCGUCGCUGCCUUCGUUGGAUGUGGCGGCGGAGAAGAGAAUCGAACGGCUGGCUAUGAAAGUGGGGGAGAAUCUAUUCAAUUACAUGCAAUCGUUUUGUGGUGUUGAUGGGAGUAAGUUGAUUGUGCCUAUGGAUAUUUUGGACCGGUGGUUCAAGAAGUUCCAAGAGCGGGCUAAGCGAGACCCCGAGUACUUGAAAGGCUUUGAAUUGUAAUCUUUUCUUCGUCUUCCUCUGAAGAGAAAAAGAGUUUCUUCGCUUCUGUUGGACAAUCCUUUGGUACGUCAUACGUGAGCGGUGAAGCAUUAUAUUUCCACAAACUGGUUUUAAUGUGUGUUGAGAACUGUCAAUGAAAAUUGAAAUUGUGUUGAUUUUUGGACUCUCUCUGAUGGAAGAGUUGGUAUAUUUAUUGCCAGAUGUGUAAUUCCGUAUGAUGUAUGAAUUUAUAGUUUCAGUCGUAUUAUCUGCCGUAUCUUUAUUUUUCUUGCCGAAUGGCAUGCCGAUUUUUCUGAUG